CUUCCCUGUUAUUGAACUGGUGCAACUCCACUCCAUUUGUUAUCUGAGAGCCAGAGGACUGAUGAAUAGAGACGUACAUCAGCGCAGAUUCAAUUAAACCUUUUUUUAAUUAUUUCUGAUACUUUUUUCCGACCAAAUUUUCCUCCUGUGGACUUUAAUUCUCGUUUUUGUCACCAUGGCAAACCACAACCCACCUCGAAUUGUGCUCAUGUUUGUCGGAUUAUUUAUCCUUUCUGCUGCAAUCACGCUAAACUUUCUUUCAGCCCUUGGGGAUAAAUCAGGUGUCUUCAGGCAGCGAACGGAGGAUGUCACGCGCAAGUACAUGACAGCCAUGACUCCUGCUCCGUGGACCUUUUUCGUGUGGGAUUUUAUCUAUUUUUGGAUUUUUGCCAUGUUUGUGUACUUUUUGUCUGGACUCUGCAGAAGGAGUACUUACGAGUGGAUGUACACCACGCCUGCAGUGCUGCCCUAUGGUUUUCAUGUCAGCAUCAUCAUCAAUCUUUCCUUGAACAUUACCUGGCUCUUUCUGUAUGACAGAGAGCUGCUGCUCCCGGUGCUCAUAGCCUCAGCUCUAAUGACGCUAACUGAUUACAUGAUGCUAUUUUUCUCCUGCCACGGGCUGAAGAUUUAUGGAGCCUGGCUGAGCAAAUAUCGUAACGCAGACCUCUGGAUGUUCAGGAUAUUGGUGCAAAAUGGAGUGGCAGUGUACGCCACUUGGGGGACACUCUCCACUUUGCUGAACCUGACAAUCUACUUGCAGCAUCAGACGGGAACAUCUCGAUGUCACUGCGCGAUUUUGUCACUGCUGCUGCUCCUGAUGGAGCUGUUAGUGUGGUUCCUGUUGGAGAACUCCUACUUUGACGAGCAGGUACGCUACACCAUGACCAUCUAUCCCGUGGUUAUGCUGUGGCUGACUGGCAUCCUGGACAACGACGCGUCUCCUGGGUGUCACUUGUACAUCUUUGAAGCUGUUUUUCAGACUUCCUCCUGGAAUGUGUCCCAGACCUUCUCCCUAGAGGUGACCAUGGACUCGUGGUCUGAGUACUACUGCAUCUUCAUUGACCUGUGGUCUAAAAUGUGGCUGCUUUGUGCUGCCAUGAGCCUCUUUAUAAGAAACGUACUUGGUCCCGAGUCAUGCAACCCUGAGAUCCACCCCCCCAGGUUCUUUCUGAUAUGGACUGUCAAUAAUUUCAUACGAGUGUACAGCCUGGCUCUGUGGGAGAAACACUACAUACUGCCAGCAGUGUUGCUCAGGUGUAUUAUACCACUCCACAGCUUCUUCAUGCUUUUCAUUUCCUACUCCAACCUCAAUAAGCAUGAAGCCUGGCUUGCCAUCAACAACCCGAGUCUGAUCCCAUGGACACGUUAUCUGACCCAGAAUGGAUUAGCAGUGUUUUCCUGGUGGUCCCUCCUGCAUUCUGUGGUGGGUCUGGGCAUACUGCUGAAAUAUUAUGCCGGCGUGCAGGACCCAGUGGCAAGUGGCAUUGUCCUUUGCAUCCUCUCCUUGUGCAUUAUGACAUGGUUCAUUCUGCAGUACUUCUUUUUGACCAAGUACAUGCGCCACACAUUCAGCAUUUACACCAUUCUCAUCCUGGGACUGGCUGCAAUGUUCACCAGCAGCUACCGUGUCCAGAAUUUCUCCGUAAACACUGCCGUCUGCGGAGUCCUUAUGCUUCUGAUCACCGUCAUGAGCUUCAUCCAUCUGAUCUCUGCCUGCAUGGAGAAGUCCCGCACUCCAGCUGCUGCACUGAGAUCUGAAGGCUGUGAGACCGUGUACCAACCCGAAGGGAACAUCAAACACAAACUGCAGAACUGAGUUCAACCAGGCAGGGAGCACAAUUUGAUCAGAAGAUUUAUGUAAAGUAAACACGGGUCAUUUAUUACACUGUGCUUCUGAACCAACCCUGCUUACUGGCCUCGUCCGCUGAAAUUUUAAAACCGUGUGCUAUGAAUCAGCCACCAGAAGGUGGCGGCAAAAGCUCAGAUUCACAUUGGGAGUUUCAAACCGGUGCUGCACCAGGAGAUGGCAUAACGGUGCACGCUUUAUCAUUUGAUGCACACGAGGUAAAACUGAAUUCUUUUAAUGAAAAGUGACCGUGUACAGAUAUUAAUGUCAUUAACCUUCAUGGCACACUGUAUUUUGGGACACUUUUAAUUCAAAGUUUAAAUUAUUCUGCAUUCAAAGCUCUCAAAAGAAGCUGGGCAAAGAUCAGAACACAAUAGGGCGUGUGUGUGUGUGUUUACAUAACUAUAGAAUCCUCUGAAUAAAUUAGAGAACAUCUGUAUUCUUCAUCUCCCUCUCUGCUCCUCUCCGGGGUCUGUGACGCCGUACCAGACGUAAUAAUCACACUCAAGUUUGAGAGAGGCCUCUUCCGCGACGCUGCUUAAAGAAUGGAAUAUCAAACAUGCCCUUUGCCUUCAGGGAAGAGCAGCUCAACCUUUGAUGAGGAGCUUUAAUAAAGCGAUAAAUGAAAGCAGAGGGGACACAGACAAGAUAGAUACAAUGCACAUGACCGUGGCAGUGGCAUUUGUUCAACAAAUAAAGAUGUGUUAUGCAAAAUGGUUACUGGUUUGAAAGGUGAGACUGUAAAGUGCAACCAUUUUCUGCCUGAUCUGCUUGUUAUGGGUGUUUUUCUUAUUCCUUGCUGCUGGCGCGGUGGUUGUGUGGGUACUUGAACACAGACAUUAACUUGUAAAGCCCGCCUCUGUGGUGGGUGGAUGGCUUUGACCCCGCAUCAAAAGCUCAAACUGGCAAUUUGCUCGACUGUGAUAUUUGGGGGUUUUAUCUCUGAUUUUAUAACGCAGAAAGGAUUCGGUUUCAGGGACGUUUAAAAAGACUACAUUGGCAUCCGAACUGCAAAAUCUAGAGAUCCUGCUGACGUGCAACACACCCGUGCUGUUGUCUGCAGUAAUGAUGUUGUGGCUCACU